GUUCCGGGCCCGCGAGGCGGCCGCCCUGGUCCUGCCCCUCCCUCGCGCAACUGCGGCCCAGCGCCCUCCCGGGCCACGGCGCUCCCUGGCCCCGGCGCCCCCGGACCACGGCGUUCUCUGGGCUCUUCUCUAGCUCUCAGCGGCUGCGAAGUCUGUAAACCUGGUGGCCAAGGACAGUGAAUCUUUCUUCAAUGACCAAGGACAGUCAGGGAUCUGAGGAAGGGAGAACCCAAAUUCUACAAUUGCUGAUGCCUGCGUCCCAGCUGGAACUUUACCCUGGUACAUGCUCUGUGCAUCACGGACGGUCACUUUGAUCCUAACAGCAGCGCUGUUUGGAUUAGACAUCAGAAAUAGAAACAGUGAUUGUAAGUCAGGAGACUUUCCUUCAGUUUCUGCCUUUGAUGGCAAGAGGUGGAGAUACCUGUCUAUGGCGGCGAUUACAGAAAACAUCUGGGAAGACAAGUCGCUGUUUUUAUGGGAAUCGCAGGCUUGGAAGAGACAGAAGCAAUUCCAGAAAGAAAUUGGAAAUUGAAGAUUUAAAGAAUGUUGUUUUAAAAUAUUCUAACUUCAAAGAAUGAUCCCAGAAACUUAAAAAGGAUAUGCACAGAGUAGCAGGGGCCCUGGAGGGUAGGGCCUGAAUCCUGAUUGCCCUACUGCUGGGAGGACACACGCAGCCGAAGAUGAAUUUGGGAAAAGUAGCCACUUGCUACUUUAACUAUGGAAGAGCAGGGCCACAGUGAGAUGGAAAUAAUCCCAUCAGAGUCUCACCCCCACAUUCAAUUACUGAAAAGCAACCGGGAACUUCUGGUCACUCGCAUCCGCAACACUCAGUGUCUGGUGGACAACUUACUGAAGAAUGACUACUUCUCCACCGAAGACGCCGAGAUUGUGUGUGCCUGCCCCACCCAGCCUGACAAGGUCCGCAAAAUUCUGGACCUGGUACAGAGCAAGGGUGAAGAGGUAUCCGAGUUCUUCCUCUACUUGCUCCAGCAACUCGCAGAUGCUUAUGUGGACCUCAGGCCUUGGCUGCUGGAGAUCGGCUUCUCCCCUUCCCUGCUCAUUCAGAGCAAAGUCGUGGUCAACACUGACCCAGUGAGCAGGUACACCCAGCAGCUACGACACCACCUGGGCCGUGACUCCAAGUUCAUGCUGUGCUAUGCCCAAAAGGAGGAGCUGCUGCUGGAGGAGAUCUACAUGGACACCAUCAUGGAGCUGGUCGGCUUCAGCAAUGAGAGCCUGGGCAGCCUGGACAGCCCGGCCUGCCUCCUGGACCACACCACGGGCAUCCUCAAUGAGCAGGGCGAGACCAUCUUCGUCUUGGGCGAUGCUGGGGUGGGCAAGUCCAUGCUGCUGCAGCGGCUACAGAGCCUCUGGGCCACGGGCCGGCUAGACGCAGGGGUCAAAUUCUUCUUUCACUUUCGCUGCCGCAUGUUCAGCUGCUUCAGGGAAAGUGACAGGCUGUGUCUGCAGGACUUGCUCUUCAAGCACUACUGCUACCCGCAGCAGGACCCCGAGGAGGUGUUCGCCUUUCUGCUGCGCUUCCCCCAUGUGGCCCUCUUCACCUUUGACGGCCUGGAUGAGCUGCACUCGGACUUGGACCUGAGCCGCGUGCCUGACAGCUCCUGCCCCUGGGAGCCUGCCCACCCCCUGGUCCUGCUGGCCAACCUGCUCAGUGGGAAGCUGCUCAAGGGGGCUAGCAAGCUGCUCACCGCCCGCACAGGCAUCGAGGUCCCGCGCCAGUUCCUGCGGAAGAAGGUGCUUCUCCGGGGCUUCUCCCCCAGCCACCUGCGCGCCUAUGCCAGGAAGAUGUUCCCUGAGCGGGCUCUGCAGGACCACCUGCUGAGCCAGCUGGAGGCCAACCCCAACCUCUGCAGCCUGUGCUCUGUGCCUCUCUUCUGCUGGAUCAUCUUCCGGUGCUUUCAGCACUUCCAUGCCGCCUUCGAAGGCUCACCACAGCUGCCCAACUGCAUGAUGACCCUGACGGACGUCUUCUUGCUGGUCACCGAGGUCCACCUGAACAGGAUGCAGCCCAGCAGCCUGGUGCAGCGGAACACACGCAGCCCGGUGGAGACCCUCCGCGCCGGCCGGGACACUCUGUGCUCGCUGGGGCAGGUGGCCCACCGGGGCAUGGAGAGGAGCCUCUUUGUCUUCACCCAGGAGGAGGUGCAGGCCUCCGGUCUGCAGGAGGGAGACAUGCAGCUGGGCUUCCUGCGGGCUUUGCCGGAGCUGGGCCCCGGGGGCGACCAGCAGUCCUAUGAGUUUUUCCACCUCACCCUCCAGGCCUUCUUUACAGCCUUUUUCCUUGUGCUGGACGACAGGGUGGGCACUCGGGAGUUGCUCAGGUUCUUCCAGGACUGGAUGCCCCCUGGGGGGACAGCGGCCGCGUCCUGCUAUCCUCCCUUCCUCCCGUUCCAGUGCCUGCGGGGCAGCGGUCCAUCGCGGGAAGACCUCUUCAAGAACAAGGAUCACUUCCAGUUCACCAGCCUCUUCCUGUGUGGGCUGUUGUCCAAAGCCAAACAGAAGCUCUUGCGGCACCUGGUGCCGGCGGCGGCCCUGAGGAGGAAGCGCAAGGCCCUGUGGGCACACCUGUUUUCCAGCCUGCGGGGCUACCUGAAGAGCCUGCCCCGAGUUCAGGUCGAAAGCUUCAACCAGGUGCAGGCCAUGCCCACGUUCAUCUGGAUGCUGCGCUGCAUCUAUGAGACACAGAGCCAGAAGGUGGGGCAGCUGGCGGCCAGUGGCAUCUGCGCCAACUACCUCAAGCUGACCUACUGCAACGCCUGCUCCGCCGACUGCAGCGCCCUGUCCUUCGUCCUGCAUCACUUCCGCAAGCGGCUGGCCCUAGACCUGGACAACAACAAUCUCAAUGACUAUGGCGUGCGGGAGCUGCGGCCCUGCUUCAGCCGCCUCACCGUUAUCAGACUCAGUGUAAACCAGAUCACUGACGGUGGGGUAAAGGUGCUAAGCGAAGAGCUGACCAAAUACAAAAUUGUGACAUAUUUGGGUUUAUACAACAACCAGAUCACCGAUGUCGGAGCCAGGUACGUCACCAAAAUCCUGGAUGAAUGCAAAGGCCUCACACACCUUAAACUGGGAAAAAACAAAAUAACGAGUGAAGGAGGGAAGUGUCUCGCCCUGGCUGUGAAGAACAGCAAAUCAAUCUCUGACGUUGGGAUGUGGGGCAAUCAAGUUGGGGAUGAAGGAGCAAAAGCCUUCGCAGAGGCUCUGCGGAACCACCCCAGCUUGACCACCCUGAGUCUUGCGUCCAACGGCGUCUCCACAGAAGGAGGAAAGAGCCUUGCGAGGGCCCUGCAGCAGAACACGUCUCUAGAAAUACUGUGGCUGACCCAAAAUGAACUCGACGAUGAAGUGGCAGAGAGUUUGGCAGAAAUGUUGAAAGUCAACCAGACGUUAAAGCAUUUAUGGCUUAUCCAGAAUCAGAUCACAGCUAAGGGGACUGCCCAGCUGGCAGAUGCGUUACAGAACAACACUGGCAUAACAGAGAUUUGCCUAAAUGGGAACCUGAUAAAACCAGAGGAGGCCAAAGUCUAUGAAGACGAGAAGCGGAUUAUCUGUUUCUGAGAGCAUGCUUUCUUUCCUGUGCAUGGGGUUUUUGCCCCAGAAUCUCAACAGCGAAUGCCACUCCGGGCAGUCUUUUGUGUCAGUGCCUUAAAGGGGCCUGCGGAGGCGGGACUAUCAGGAGUCCCCCGCCUCUAUGAUGCAAGCCAGCUUCCUGUGCAGAAGGUCAGGUUGGCAAACUCCCUAAGUACCCGCUACAAUUCUGCAGAAAAAUAAUGUGUCUUGUGAGCUGUUGUAGUUACAGUAAAUACACUGUGAAGAGACUUUAUUGCCUAUUAUAAUUAUUUUUAUCUGAAGCUGGAGGAAUAAAGCUGUGACCCGAACAGAGGAGGCCAGCCUCAGCUCAUUCCAACGCCUGCCAUAGGGACCAACGGGAGCGAGUCGGCCACUGCUGUUUUCAUUGAAGAGUUGAGGAUGUGGCACAAAGUUGGUGCCAAGCUUCUUGAAUAAAAGGUGUUUGAUGGAUAAGUAUUAUACCUGAAAUAUUUUCUUCCUUCUCAGCACUUACCCAUGUAUUGAUACUGGUCCCAUUUCACAGCUGGAGACACUGGGGUAUAUGCAGUGUGGGAUUUGACUCCUCCAAGAUUUUGUGGAAAGUUAGUGUCAAGGAAAGGACGCACCACAAGCUUUUAAUUUUAAUCCUGGAGUCUCACUGUCUGCUGGCGAAGAUCAGAGAAUGCCCUCUUAGCUCUUAGCUGGUCUAAGAAGAAUGACGAUGCCUUCAAACUGCUGCUUCCACUCAGGGCUUCUCUGCUAGGCUACCCUCCUCUGGAAGGCUGAGUACCGUGGGCUACAGUGUCUGGCCUCGGGAAGAAAUGAUUCUGUCCCCGCAAAGAAACAGGGCAUGGCUUGCCUUUGUGGCCCUGGCAUCCAAAUGGCUGCUUUUGUCUCCUUUACCUCGUGAAGAGGGGAAGUCUCUUCCUGCCUCCCGAGCAGUUGAAGGGUGACUAAACUGGUGCCAAGACUUGGGGGAUCAGCUGGGAACGGGGCCAGCAGAGCAUGUUGGACACCCCUCACCAUGGUGGGCUUGUGAUGGCUGCUCAUGAGGGUGGGGUGAUAUUACUAGAUCACUUGUCCUCUUGCCAGCCCAUCUGUUAAUAAAAUACUGAAAACACUCUUA